AUGUUUGUUGCGGAGAAGAUGAUGAUGAUGACGAGGACGAGAACAACAACAACUGUUUUCACAAACUCGAGGAGCAAAAGAAGCGAACGAAUAAUAAUAAAGCGAUUACGAUUCAGACGACGAGCAAAAGUCGAAGAAGAUAAAGAAGAAGUCUUUGACGAAAUCCCUGUCCUUUCCGGCGAGCGUUUCUUACAGUUACACCGGGAGAAAAGCACUCCGGAUGAUGACGAUGAAAAUUGUUUACAACUCGCCAUGUACUCGUCGCACGUUCGGGCCAUCACGACAGAUUCCGAGUCGUUUGUGAUGAAAGUGGACGACCACGGGUUUCAUCGCGGGCACGCGGUGUUCGACACGGUUUCUAUCGACGCGGAGACGAGAACGUUUCAAGACUUGGAUUACCAUUUGGACCGAUUGAAAACGAGCGCGGAGAUGGCGUUUCUAACCUUCCCGAAAGGAUUGGAGAGUUUGGAUUCGCUGGCGCGAAUAGUGAAAGAGACCGUGUCGGCGGCGUUUGAGGAGAAAGAGAGAAGACAACGCGGGAGGAGUCCUUCCUCCUCUGAUUGUUGUUCUUCAAUGAUGCAAGCUCGGUUUUAUUUAACAGCCGGCGUCGGGGGAUUUUCCCUAUCCGCGAAGGAGUGCGCUGAAGGGAGCAAUUUUUAUUGCGUGGUUAUCGAGCGGACGAAAGCAGAAACGACGAAAGCGUUGCGCGCUCGAACGACACCGAUUGCGGUGAAGAAUAAACCAUUUUCGAAUAUUAAAUCGACGAAUUAUUUACAAAAUUGUAUGAUAACCACGGACGCAGAGAUGCACGGCGCUGAUGUUGGAAUAUGGGUAGCAAACGAUGGGAAAGUUUUAGAAGGACCGAGCGCGAACGUGGCGUUUGUCGAUGACCGGGGAAUCUUUAUAGCGCCGAAAGUUGACGACGUUCUCGACGGCGUAACGAUGAGAAGAUGUUUUGAAUUCGUCGAGAAAGGGUUGUUGGCUGACGUCGGCGUCGUCGAAUGCGAACGAAGAGAUUGUAGCUUCCGAGAAUUAGUUUUAGAGAGACGCGCGAAAGAGUGCAUGAUGAUAGGUAGCGUCGUUCAAUGCGUACCGAUCGAGAAGUGGGACGACGUUGAUAUUGGUCGAGACGAAGGAUGCGAGAGGUAUUAG